AUGAUCCCGGGAGCCUUCACUCCCAUGGUGUUGCCAGGUGCAGGGAAUGAUCCCGGGAGCCUUCACUCCCUUAGUGCUGCCAGUGGAUUAUUUAAAAACUAUAUAAUUAGCACGCAUUUUCAAUUUAUUUCAGUAAAAGCAGAAAUCAGCAGAUGUCAAGAUAAAGUGAAGGCUUCUUCAGAAGAGUUCAGUUGUGCAAAAAGUAAACUAGAAGAAAAGCUCCAGGAUCUGUCUGAGAUGCUUUUGCAGUUGGAGCUGUUAAAGAAACGUCAAGAUGGAAUUGAAAAACAGAAAUCGGAUGUUUUAAGACAACAAAGUAAUCUUCUUUUAACUCUAGAAGAAAUAAAAAAGAAAACCACAGAGGAACAGGAUAAAUUCAUCCGAGAGAUUACUGAUUUCAACCAUGAGUACAACCUAAUGAGCAACAGAGAGGUCCUAGUUGAAAGCAGAGCAAAAUCUGAAAUCUGGACCCUAGAAAAAGAGAUUGACGCUUUGAACAGGGAAAUGGUUUCAAUGGAACAGAAAAAUAUUCGAUUGAAUGCCAUUCAGACAGAAAAGAUAACUCUUAAAAAACUGCUGGUGGAGCUGGAAGACCAAAUAAAAGAUCUUGAAAAGGAAAUGAGCGAGGCUGUAGCUAUCACUGAAUGCCUGCAAGCUGAAAAGAUUGAAAUCGGCCAGAAGCCACAGACCGAUUCGGAAUUUCUAAGGCUGAAAAAAGAGUUGGAGGCAUUCAAAGAUGGUGAACUGGAAAGUGUCCGUGAAGCUCUCCGCACAGAAAUCCAGUUUCUGCAAAUGAAAGUAUCACAAAAAGGCCUUCAGGUACCCAGUAGCUAGCUGAAUGAGAAGGUUAUCUAAAGAGAGGUGCAGUAAAUGAAAACAAAGGAGCUCCACACCCCAGAAGCACACAGCCACUCAUUAUUCCAUUACCCCACACAUGCAUUGCAUUAUACAAGUCCGUGGGGCCUGAGGGCCAUCUGGUGGCUGGUUCCCUUGGCAAAGCUACAGUGUGUAAUACAGUUAUUAGUGUCAAGGGCCACCCCUUUCUCAUUGCUAUAUAAUUAACAAAAACACCUGAGGUGCACCUUCUGUUAACAGGGAUAUUCUGUCAAGUGCUAUUGCUUUUCCAGUAAGGGCUACCCAACUGAUAUUUAUUAUGGGUAAUGCUUCAAUGUAAGAACAAAUUAUAUAUGUGUAGAAAGGAGCAAAACAGAACAGACAUACAAUACGAAAUAAUAACAAUAAUAAACAUCUAAAAUAGGGUACCGUUGUGAAUGUUACUUCAGCUUUUUUUUUUGUAUCGGCUUGUUUGUCAUAUUAUGGCAUUUUUAAAUAAGUAUAUUUUAAGUUGAAUGUGAAUUAACAUUGAUGUGUUUUCAGGAGGUAUUGUUCUUCCACACUACAGUUUGUGGAAUGGAUUUUCAAGCUGCUUGAGGCUUUUAUCUACUGCAUAAACUUCCUGACGUUUUUUAAAUAAAUUUAAUUUUAAAAAAAUACACUCUGAUUUGUAUUUUGCAGUUCACUAAGAUUUUAUUGAAUGUUAUUUUAUGAAAUGUUCUUUAAUUAAACAUUAACACGUAUUACUGCAAUAAACCGCAAUAUUAAAAUGUAUCAUUUUGAACUGACUGGUGCUACAAUUCAGUUCCUCAUGCCUGAAAUGUAAUUUUGAUUGAUGAUGAUAUUAGUAUUCAGUGGAUGCAGAGCAAUGCAUUGAAGCGGGUCAGGACGUACAUGUUUAGCUGAUUCAGGAUACAAGCUGUUACUUCAGGUUUGAUGUCGGAUCAUCCAUGAAAAUAAAGUUUGUCAAAUAACAAAAAGGGGUUAUUGUGUUGUAUUAUAAAUUCCAUGCCUUUCGUACAGAUGUUUCUGGUGAAACGAUUCAUACAGAUGUGGGUAAAUGUCAAUUUAUGUUGCCUAAAGUUAGCUUGUCAUCUAGUGGACACUGUGUGUCAUGGCAGGUACAUGCAGUUGUAGACACUUUAUAUGGGAGAGAUAUCCAAUUAUAUCUGUAUAGCUUUGUACAAUAACUGAAAGCUGUGUACCCCGCAAGUUGUAAUACAUGGACAUUCCUAAAGCUGCCGGGUCUAUAAAAUGUUAAUUCUGAAACUAUAAUUAUUUGAUGACCUUUUUUUAAUUCAGUUUGGCUUACGUUCCUUAAAAAUAGUUUUAGCUAAAGGAUGACCCUUUUUUCUUGGUAUCUCAUUCCUGUUGCAGCAGCAGUGGGAGGUCAGAAUCGUCACCUGCAAUUGCUAUUCUUCAAAAAGCAAAACAAUGACAACAACUAAUAUUACACUUUUAAAAUAUGAGCUGGGUAGUGUGCACGACUGUAUUAUAGUCCCAAUGUGUCGGAAAGUCACAUAACUAAUUGAGAGUGAGUCCACAGAGAAGACUGAAUUACAUAAUACAUCCGUGUUCAUGUUUAACAGAGUAUGCUGGUCAGGGUCUGAUUGACAUGGAAGUGUAUUCUUUGGUGAUAGAUGAUUUACUAAUGUAACUCAGUUUAUAUACUGUAUGCAAAUGUAUAGUUUAAAAUAUGGAAAUACAACAUAUUAUAAGUGGGUUUUUUUUAAUUAAAAUAAUUAUUGCUACAUAAUGAACAAAUUACUAAACCAUACUGGUUGUGAAUCAUAACAAUAAUGUAUAUAGGUGUA